GACCACACAACUUUGUAUAAUGGAGCGUACUAACAUUCUACAAAGGAACGUGUUUCAUUCACAAAAUGUUUUUCUUCCCACCAUCCCAUCCUUAACCUACUGCACUAUCCUAUGCCAUAGACCUUCCUCUCUCUCGUUCUCUUCAUUUCUUCUUCCUCAUCAUUCUUAUAACUCUUUUCUGCAACUUCAUCUUCUUUAAGCAUCACUCAUGGCUUCUCUUCUGCUCUUCAACAACCUCCAAUCUCCUCCCCUUUCACCACCACACGCCACCACCUUCAACAACACACCAACCGCAACCCUCUCAUUCUUUUCCAAAGCCAAACCCCCAUUCAUCCUCAAAUGCUCUUCUACCUCAAACCUAACCCCAAAAAUGGACCAAGAAGACGUCGAAGGAAAAGAACAAGAAACGUUUGAUUUUGAGGCUCCCUUGAGCCAAGUGUGGAGGGAAAUCCAAGGCAUGAAGGAUUGGAAAGGGUUGAUAGAGCCAACCAUGAACCCUCUCCUCCGACGAGAAAUAAUCCGGUACGGGGAACUGGCACAAGCAUGCUACGACUCCUUCGACUUCGACCCUCAUUCCAAGUACUGCGGAACCUGCAAGUACCAUCCCUCCCACUUCUUCCACCAACUCAACAUUCCCCACUCCGGCUACACCAUCACCCGCUACCUCUACGCCACCUCCAACAUCAACCUCCCCAACUUCUUCCAGAAGUCCAACGUCGCCUCCGUCUGGAGCCCGCACGCCAACUGGAUGGGCUACGUCGCCGUCAUCACCGACAAGGAACACAUCAAACACCUUGGUCGCCGGGACAUCCUAAUUGCAUGGCGCGGAACAGUCACCUACGUCGAAUGGAUCCACGACCUCAAAGACAUUCUUCGUCCCGCGCUCUUCUCCAGAGACCAAACCAUCAAGGUGGAAUCUGGAUUCCACGACUUGUACACCAAGAAAGAAGACUCCUGCACCUAUUGCUCUUUCUCCGCUCGCGAACAAGUACUCUCAGAGGUUAAACGUCUUCUUAACUACUACAAAGACGAAGAGAUAAGCAUCACCGUCACCGGGCACAGUCUCGGUGCUGCCUUGGCCGUUCUGAGCGCGUACGACAUAGCCGAGGUUAGGUUAAACGUGGUUGGCGACGGUCGCGAACGUGUUCCCGUGACGGUGUUUUCGUUUGCAGGGCCUAGGGUUGGGAACUUGAAGUUUAAAGAGCGGUGUGAGGAGCUCGGGGUGAAGGUUCUGAGAGUGGUGAACGUGCACGAUGUGGUACCCACCGUGCCGGGGAUAAUAACGAACGAGAAGUUUCGGUUUCAGAAGUAUAUAGAGGAUGCGCUGUCGUUUCCGUGGAGCUAUGCGCACGUGGGGACGGAGAUUGCGUUGGAUCACAGAGAGAGUCCGUUCGUGAAGGGGAACGUGGAUCUGGUGAGUGCGCAUAACUUGGAGGUUCAUCUGCACCUCGUUGAUGGCUACCAUGGGAAGGAGAAGAGGUUCUGCUUGGCGUCGAAGCGUGACAUAGCGCUUGUGAACAAGAGCUGUGAUUUUCUCAGGAGUGAGUACGGCGUUCCGCCGCACUGGCGGCAGGACGAGAACAAGGGGAUGGUGAGGGGCGGCGAUGGGCGGUGGGUUCUGCCGGAGCGCCCCAGAUUGGAGGCUCAUCCACCAGACAUGGCCCACCAUCUACAGCUAGUGUUGGACAACCACCUCGCAGGUCAGCAAUUAGAAACCACUUAACAUGAUGUUUAAGAAAAAAUACAGUGUAAAAUAUGUUCUGAUGAUGUUUAAGAAAAUAUUAACGUGUGUUUUGAAGAAAAUGUAUAUUGGAAAUCAAUAAAAAAAAAAAAUCUUUCGAAACAUUAAUUUUCAACGUACAAACAAAUUACACCACAAACUGUUUACAAAUUUUAAUAAUAAAAAUUGAAAAAGUUUAUACAUAACUAUAAAAGGGUGACUGUAGAAAAUAAAGAAAUAUAUUUUCGAUUACGGAUUUAUUUAUUUUAUUUAACUACAGGAAAACGUUGUGGAAAAUUAUUGCAGAAAAGGAAUAAAUAAAUAAAAAAGAAACACGUUUCCAUUCAGAGCAAUAACGACAAAAAUAAGUGGUCCAUGCAUAAGAUUAGAUAGUCACCAUGUUCUUCCACCCCAAGGGUUUUAAUAUCAUGACCCACUGAGAAAUGCUUGAGCUGUUGUACCCAAAUUCGAUGACAUUACAAGUCAAACUUUAAUUUUU